GUCAUCACGCACGGACAUACCGCUGUCAAAACUUCCGUGAAGAAGCGCCUGAGCUUCAGGAUCACAAACCUGAAAAUACACCACAUAACAACAGCUCGGUUCUCCUCAGAAGAGCUCAGGAAGGAGACGGAGGGUUAUAGAAGCCGUAUGUGAUAUUGAUAGAGGUAGAGAUUAGGUUUAGAGUCGCGGACGGCUGCUUUUUCGGGCUGAAUUAGAACAGCUAGGCUAGGACAAGUUGCCUUUACCUCUCCGAUGGCGUCCAGCUACAGCGCUAAGGAGGAGGACGGACACCGGGCCGGGGCUGCAGGCCCCGGGGGAAGCGCCAACAGGAGCAGAAAGCCCGACAACACAGCUUUUAAGCAGCAGCGUCUUCCGGCCUGGCAGCCCAUCCUGACCGCGGGGACCGUGCUGCCCGCUUUCUUCAUCAUCGGCCUCAUCUUCAUCCCCAUCGGCAUUGGCCUGUUCGUCACCUCCAACAACAUCAGGGAGUUCGAGAUCGAUUACACUGGGACAGACGUGUGGAGUCCGUGCUACAAUUGCUCUCAGAGCAACAGCUGGAACAGCACAACACCGUGCACGUGUACACUGAACUUCUCUCUUGAUCAGCCCUUUGAGGGCAAUGUGUUUAUGUACUAUGGCCUGUCAAAUUUCUACCAAAACCAUCGUCGCUAUGUUAAAUCCAGAGAUGACAGCCAGUUGAAUGGAGACCUCUCAUCACUGAAGGACCCCAGUAAAGAAUGUGAGCCGUAUCGCACAAAUGAAAACAAGCCCAUUGCCCCAUGUGGAGCAAUUGCUAACAGCAUGUUUAAUGACACAUUGGAAUUGUUUUACAUCGAUCCCAAUGAAACCCGAACCCAGAUUCCACUGAUGAAGAAGGGUAUUGCAUGGUGGACGGAUAAGCAUGUGAAAUUCAGGAACCCUGGUGGCAGCAACGCGAACCUGACAGCUGUUUUCCAAGGCACCACAAAGCCAGUCAACUGGCGCAAGCCAGUCUAUGAGCUGGACACUGACCCAGAGAACAACGGCUUCAUCAAUGAAGACUUCAUUGUUUGGAUGCGCACAGCUGCCCUGCCCACUUUCAGGAAACUCUACCGCAUUAUCCAGAAGAAGAACAACAUGACGCCCACGCUACCCAGGGGCAACUACACGCUGGAAGUCACGUACAAUUAUCCCGUGCGCAGCUUUGAGGGCCGUAAGCGUAUGAUCCUGAGCACCAUCUCGUGGAUGGGAGGAAAGAACCCUUUCCUGGGCAUCGCUUACAUGACCGUGGGCUCCAUCUGCUUUGUCCUGGGAGUGGUGCUGCUCUUCAUCCACCACAAAUACGGAAACCGCAACAACAGCUCCGACAUUCCAAACUAACUUGUCUCUGCCCUCUGCAUCCCUCCACAUGCAUGGUGAAGGCCAACCGCUUAGAGUCCGAGCAUGUCUCAGUGUGUUGUAUGUGUAUUUGAAUAGUGUGCUUGUAGUCGCAGAGAUGCCUGGCAGCACUUCGGAGGGUAAUGCACAGGCUCUGUUUGAAUGAGACGGCGAAACCACAUAUCUGAUUCUAUAUUUAUUUUUGAAGGUUAUACAGAAGUUCUGAUGUAAGUUAAGAUGUAUGUUUUACUCUGUGAUCUCUCUGUGGCUCUGGGGCUCAUAUCUGAUGGCUAUGCUUCAACUGAAAUGUAUAUAUUUGAAUACAGGCAAGCGUAGCGUUACACUUUUACUUGAGAAUUGCUUUUAAACCGGAUGAAUGUAUAUGAGCUUUAAUUAUCUAAGUCCAAUUCUUGCCUAAAUCUCGCUGCCUAAAGAAAGUAACAUAUAAUACAAUAUACAAUGUUGAGAAUAGUUCUACAAGGUGUGUGACUACUAGUUACCUUCACUUACAACGAUUUUUCUCUUUUUUUAAACCUAAAGCUGGUCCAACAAUUAAUUUCCAAUGCUAAUUCACCACUGGUUUUGCAGUUUAGUCCAGGAAAUCACCCCGCAAAGGUUUCAGUAAUUUUAAGGGAUUUGUUCAUGUUAGGUCUCCAAACAGUUCAAAAAAAUCCAUGUUGCUCACAGAUUCAGGGGCAUUUCACAAAGCAGGAUUACUCAAGUUACCCAGAUAACUUAAACCAAAGCUCAAGUCUGUCCUGUAGAAGAAAAUGAGUAUUCCUGUCAGACAGUCCUCACUUUUGGCUCUGUUUAUCCAGCUAAACAGAGAAAUCGUUUGUGAAAAAUCUCACAGGUCUGUUUGAGCAUUGAUUUCACUCAGAUGUUCAGAUCUGUAGUUCGCAUUAUUCAAAUGUACAUGGCUUUUAGUUUUGUUUCUUUCUUUUGUUUCUUUCUUUUUAAUACGGUUUUGGGAGAUUUGUUGUGGUUUUAGGUUUUUAUCUGUGUCAGAGGUCAUCCUGUCCAUACUGUGUCCAACUGUUGCAGUCGUGUGCAGAAGUUUGGGAGCCCCGGUCAAUUUAAAUAUUUUGUUCAUUUUUAAAAAAAAAAGUAAACACCUCCUCUACUGAGAACACACUUCUGCACAUUUCAAUGUAGUUUAUUUGCUGAAUUAGACAUAUCAGGAAAUAAAUAAGAUGCAAAAUGUGGCCUGUGCAAAAGUUACUAUUAUUUUUGUUUCCCAGCAUAAAAUAAAUUCAGCAAAUAAAUUGAAAUAAACUUGUGCGCUAAAAUUUGCUUAUAGAUGCCAUAUUUAAAUGUCCUCCCUACGGAGCCCUGCUGGCGACAUCGCGUAAAAAUAAAAAUAAUGCGUGGCCACGCCAUAUUAAUGUGUGGGAACAAGAUCCCAGUGUGUGUCCAUGACUUAGUAAAGUGUAGGAAUGAGGCUCUAAUGCAUGGCUAUGCUGGAUUAAUGUGUGGGAACAAGAUCCUAAUUCGUGGCCACGACUUAGUAAGGCAUGGGAACGAGACAGUUAAGUUGAGACCAUGCCUUAAGCUGCAGUCAAUUUGGAAAAAGAUAAUUAAGUUGUAUCAUUUUUAUUUAUAUGGGAUGUCCCCAGCAGGCCUCUGUAGCUCUCUGUAGAGGAUGUGUUAACAAUGUCACAAACAUGUCAUUUGACCAGCGGUGUUCAAACUUUUGCAUACGACUGUAUUUGCACUUUAGAUUUGCCAUUGCUUUUAUAAGUCAUUUAUUUUGUUCUCUUUAACGAAGAUGUUUGUCUUUUGUUUCUGAAGAAAUAAAGGUUAAUAUUAGACCCAAA